AUAUCUCUCCACCUUCCUCCAUGCCAACUUUCUCUUCUUCAUCUAUCCAUCUCCUCUCAAACUUCGGCAGAAGAAGAGCUGAAGAGAGCAUGCGGCCUCAGCCGGAGCCAAACAACGCUAAUUAUAUUUCUCCCCCCAAUGGCUCCACAAGGAAGAAGAUCAAGGAUCAAAAGGUUGUGAUACGGUACACGGAGUGCAGGAAAAACCAUGCAGCUAGCAUGGGCGGCUACGCCGUCGACGGCUGCAGGGAGUUCAUGGCCUCCGGCGACGAUGGAACCGCCUCCGCCCUCCUCUGCGCCGCUUGCAACUGCCACCGGAGCUUCCACAAGCGCGAGGUCGAGCUCGACCAGCCUCCACUCUGCGACUGCUCCUCCACCUCCACCUCUACCUCUGAGGUGGAAAAUUCUUAGCUGCGCGGCCGUUAUUCAAAGUGUAACAAAGAGAAGGAAGUUAUAGAAGAAAUUGAUGAGGGGAGAGUUAUGAGUGAAUUCUACUAUCAUAUUUUUCUCUCUUUUAUAUUUUUCAAUUGAUGUCUUGUUACGCGCAUAAAGCAUAUUCUGUGUGAAAUAUAUAUUUACUCUCUUUCUUGAUCUCCUUCCUCGUCC